AUGACCUCCAUUCUUGUGACUGGCGCGACCGGCAAACAAGGCCGCGCGUUGAUUCAAAGUCUGAUCGAAAAGAACGCCCCGUUUCAAAUCCUCGCCGUCACUCGCAACCCUCACUCCGCAGCGGCACAGAAACUCCAGGCCAAGUCCCAAAAGAUCGCUCUGGUCCAAGGCGACCUGGAUAACCCCAGUGAAAUCUUCAAAAAUGCGCAUGACAAGGCUUCAGGGUCCAUAUGGGGUGUAUUCAGUGUUCAGGCUGUGAUGGGAAGCAAGGUUGGAGAGGAAGUUCAAGGCAAGAGUCUGAUUGACGAAGCCCUCAAGAACGGCGUCAAGCAUUUCGUUUACACUUCUGUCGACCGUCACGGUGCGCAAUCCAUCGACAAUCCGACAAACGUCCCCCAUUUCGCCCACAAGCAUCACAUUGAGAAACAUCUCAUGGCGCAGACCAAGGACGGGCAGAUGGACUGGACCAUCUUGCGCCCAGCAGUGUUCUACGACAAUCUCACACCCGACUUUAUGGGCAAGGUCUUUGCGACCUCGUUUCGAGAUUUGCUCAAGGGACGACCACUUCAGAUGGUCGGCUGCAGUGAUAUCGGUACCAUCGCGGCAGAGACCUUCAUGAACGCGUCCUUCUACAAGGGUCAAGCUAUUUCCUUGGCAGGGGACGAGUUAACCUUUGAUCAAUUUGCGCGGAUAUUCCAGGAUCAGACGGGCAAGGCGAUCCCCACGACCUUUGGGUUGGUGGUUUCCGGGAUUAUGGCCCUGGUCAAAGACUUUGGAUCCAUGUUCAAGUGGUUCCAUGACGAGGGGUGCGCGGCGGACAUGGAAGAAGUGAAAAGGCUCCAUCCCGGCGUCAAAGACUUUGCGACCUGGUUGAAGACAGAAGGCCAAUUCGGAACGAAGUGA